CACAAAACACAAAGUAUGGCUUCAUCAGAGACGUCAACGAAAUUGUACAGCGAAAGCCAAGCAGCCGCUCCACCUCCUUCAAGGGCCCUCAACUUUUCUAUAGCCAAGAUAAUGGAACCAGACAGCAAACAGAAGAAGAAAGAGGCCGAAAAGGAUAAAAGUUUAGGCUUUCCGUACUCGUCAGCAUUUGAGUCCGCAUUUAAAAAAUAUGUGCCCAAUGUUCUUCGGUCGCCUGAACUGUUACAAAAUUACCCAUUAGUUUAUUACCAUCCGAGUCAGUUUAUGUUGGGUUCCCUAUACAACCCGACUUUGCAGGAGCCAAGUGGAAAUACCGCGUCGAUUCAACCUCCAGUACCAUUCGCCCCAAGCAAAACAGGGCCUUUGAAAACAUCAGCAAAAUCCGCUUCGAAUAACAAUAAUGCGACAACGCAAUCAAAUUCGACUGCGCUGCUCAGUCCUCCAAAACAAAAAAGCUUCGAGUGCGGAGAAUGUGGAAAAGUCUUCAAUGCGCAUUAUAAUCUAACGAGACACAUGCCGGUACAUACAGGCGCUCGGCCGUUUGUAUGCAAAAUUUGUGGAAAAGGGUUCAGACAAGCGUCAACUUUAUGUCGACAUAAAAUCAUCCACACUUCCGAAAAGCCUCACAAAUGCCACACUUGCGGAAAGGCUUUCAACAGAUCCUCAACCCUCAACACUCACGCACGAAUCCAUGCUGGCUACAAGCCGUUUGUUUGUGAGUUCUGCGGAAAAGGAUUCCACCAGAAAGGCAACUACAAGAACCACAAAUUGACCCACAGUGGCGAAAAGGCAUAUAAAUGUACAGUGUGUUCGAAGGCUUUCCACCAAGUCUACAACCUCACCUUCCACAUGCACACGCACAACGAUAAAAAACCCUUCACCUGCCGAGUUUGCGGCAAGGGUUUCUGCAGAAACUUCGACCUGAAAAAGCACAUGCGGAAGCUCCAUGAAAGCUCUGGAGCCAACUUGGAUCCUUCAGAUUACACCAACAUGCCACCUACAGGAUCAAAUGGUGCAAUCUACUCAGCUGAAAGGGAUAUUCAUCAUUUUAUUAGCCCAUUUAUGUCAGUUCCUGUCUAUACGUCCAAACUAUUGUGACCCCUGUACUAACUUGGCUUAAUUUCGUCAUCCUUCUGACGCUGUAGCAAUAUUUCCUUUUAAAAAUUAUGGAGCUUUACUAAGCUUCUCGAUUAAUGUCGUGAAUCAAAGAUACAACGACCAAUCAUUUUACAAUUAAUUGAAAGCGAUGCUUUAUAAAUAUGUACAUAUUGAAUAAGUUUAACCAAAUUAUGAAGAUACUUACACCACUUAAAGGUAUGUAUUAUUUUCACAAGAAAUUCUGUGUCCAUCUGCCGUGGUUAAAUAUUACUAAUUCUGCUAGAAGGUCGGACAAUCUUUCUUGUGGGGACUUCAUAUUACUUAUCUUUUAAUGUAUUUCUUCAAUAUCUACAUACAUUAAUAGGUUAUUUAAAUUGAAAUUUUAAAAACAGUUCUGUGAUUUUUUUGCUUUGAUGUGUGUGAAGAUUUGAGGGUUUGCACAACGAUGCAAUUUCCUCUGAUGUGGAAACGGUUGGGUCGAAACAGUUCAAAUUAAAAUAAACCACAUUCCUGUAAAUGCUUUUGGAUUAAUUUUGUAUAAUACUGUACUUGUGUAUUGUAGGCAUGUUUGCCAAUUUUUAAUCAAGCAAAUUUCAAAUGCCAUUUAUUUGAAAUAGGAAAUAUUGAUCUCUUAUGUUAUCGUGCAAUACUAAUUAGACGAAA